CCAGCAGCCCCCAUGUACCCCCAACUCGCCGUCCUCCUCGCAUCCCUCGCCGCCGCACAGCAGCUCUCCUGCUCUGCCCCCGCCCCGGACCCCUGUCUCUCCCCCUCCCCCGGCGGACUGUUCGUGUUCAGGCAACGCCACGAGCCUGAUACCGGGGGAGACUUUGGCAGCUGGGGCAUCGACGGCGUUGAAGUCUUGCACUGCGAGACCCAACUGCCACAAGAUACGAUCACUUACGGACCUACCUACUCACACGAGGAAGUCGGGUCCUACUGUCUCAAGUCACCGCUCUUUGUGGGUGAGAAUGCAUUCGUAGAGGCAGAGAAGGAGUGGGCCCAGAGUGAAGUCGGGGAGGGUGUUGAAGAGGUUUGGGAGCGAGCGUGGAAUACUGCUGGGAGAUACAUCUCUACAUUAAGCUCCAAGUGCUUCAAGAAGCCCUCCAAGGGCGUUGGAGUCCCUCAAUUCUUUGCUGUGCUUCAGCAGCUCAACAGGGAUCGCCCCACUGGCCAGUUGCUCGCAAACAGGGCGAUCAUUCCCUCGGAUGAUACCACCUAUUCUCUGCGCGACAUUUCUGAAGCGCUGUCCAUCGUCGGCCACCCGCCAUUCAUCACAUGCGACAACACGACGCUGUCGGCUGUCUCGUGGCCGCUAGUUGCGCGUGGUAGUUUCCAGGAGGGUGCAUUUGAGCCUGCUUCCGGACUGGAACGUGCUGCGGGAUGCCCCAGUGACGGUAUCAUCUACCAGCCCUCUACGGCCCGGCCGGUACCGACUGAGACAGCGAGCUGGGACAGCAUUCUCCGUCCGUCGCCCAGGCCGAUUACGCUCUCCCAUGACGAGUCUAAAGUGUACCGCGCCCAGCAGCCAGCCGACCCGAGGCAGAAGCUUGCCAUGUUCAAGGAAGGGGACGCCGAGAAGGACGAAUGGAGAGAGGAGCGGGCGCAGAAGAAGUUUGUACGAGAUGAGCUGUAAGCGCCGGCACUUCGAGAUGGCGUGCACAAAAGCGUCCAUGUACUUUGGCAGCAGCCCAUAGGUGGACAAGGUCAUGGUGACGGACGAUGUGGGUUUGCCGAUAAUAAGCAGUGGAAGCGCACUGGUGCAUGCAUAAGUAGCGAAUGGAUGCAGC